CAGCAUUUUCUACUCCAAGAUGGCAUCAGGUUAAGGCAUGAGGGAAAAACACUACGUAGCAUCUACUAAGGCAAGACUUGAAGAUAGGAUUUCUGAGCUUUUAAAAGAAGUGCUGCCCAGAGCCUGUGCUGCUCUCGGGCCUUCGGCAUCUACCAUGAGGGCUCUGGUGACUGUGGUGUCUCUGUUCCUCCUGGGCGUCCAGGCUCAUUGGACCUACUCAGGGGAAGGGCUAACAGAGGACCAAUGGUCUAAGGAGUACCCCGCCUGCGGGGGGCGGAAGCAGUCGCCUAUCGACCUGGUGAAGCAUGAGAUGAAGUUCAACCAGUCCUUGAAGAGGCUGAACCUGGUCGGCUACGGGGAAGAGGGACUGCAGUUCUCCAUGACUAACAAUGGCCACACAGUGCAGAUCACCCUGCCUCACACCAUGCACAUGACAGACUCUAAGGGCAGUCUGUACAGAUCACAGCAAUUGCACUUUCACUGGGGUGGAGGCCCCUCAGGAAUCAGCGGCUCCGAGCACACCGUUGAUGGGAUCAGGCGUGUGAUGGAGAUCCACUUUGUUCACUUCAAUGACAAGUACGGAAGCUUCGAGGAGGCUCAGAGUCAACCCGAUGGUUUGGCUGUAAUGGCAGUCUUUGUUGAGAUUGAUGAGUAUAACGAAAAUACUUACUACAGCGCCUUCAUUUCCGAGUUGUUCAACAUCACGCAUCCAGGACAAACCACAACUCUGAAAGACACUACCAUUCAGAAAAUGCUGCCCAGAGACACGCGCAACUAUUAUACCUACGAAGGCUCGCUCACCACUCCACCCUGCACAGAGAACGUCAAGUGGUUUGUGUUUCGAGAUUCUGUCAAGCUCUCCAAGAAGCAGGUUGAGAGGAUAGAGAAUGCUAUUAAGAAUGACCACAAUAAGACCCUUCAUGAUGGCUACCGCAAGACCCAGCCCCUCAACCACAGAGUAGUGGAAACCAAUUUCCCAUUCUCUGAUAAGUCCGGUCCGUCCUAUUUGUACCUAAAAAAGAUCGACCAGAAGCUGGAAAACUGGGCACACUUUAUUGGGCCACACUAUGUAUGAUAGACCAGUGAAAAUUAAGAAGAAAAAGUACAAUUAAUGAACCGGAAUUGGCACGAUGGCCCUGUGGGCUCACCCUGUCCUGUCUCUGGAAUCCUUGCUGCCUCCAGUGAGUCUCUGAUUAACUCAGUGGGAUUAUCAUCCAUGAAAGGAAGUGAGCCACAUCAGAUGGAAGAGAAGGGAUGUGGGUGAGACAUCACGAUGGGAACAAAUCUGGAUGGACAUGCAAAGGAAUCAAACUUUCCACAACCUCCUGUCAAUCAUUCAUUUAAAUUUUGGGUCUGGGGAUGCAGUUCAGUGAUAGAGUGCUUGCCAUAACCCUGGUUUUGAUUCCCCAGUACGAAAAAAAGAAAAUCAUUUACUUUGAUCUAAGUUAUAAAUCAGCCAAACUUCCCUUUAGAAUUUAGUUGUAAUAAAGUGAUUUUGGAAAUAUU